AUGAACGGUGCCGACGCCAAGCACACUGCUAUGAAUUCUGCCGGACCGCAAAUCCCGUACUUCUUCGGGAAGAAGAAGGAUGGGACGACACAGAAUGGCACCCGUUGGCUUCUGCGAAAGAUUCUCUCUAACGAGAGCGUGUCCCAAGCUACCGAGAAAGACCUUCAAACAUUUAAGAACCUCUUCCUCGGCCGGUACGGAAGACGCGAUGUGGCAGAUAAGUCCUCGCUGCCAAAGCUCCAGAAGCUACGCCAAUCGCCGGACGAAACGUUGCUCGAGUACUACCACCGAGCGAUAGAUCUUCUUCUUAAUUGUAGCGGGCAAGACCACGAGAACGGGUCGUUGUACGGAGCGUAUAAGCACUCCGUCCUGCAACAGAAGCGCCUAGAGACAGAGCGCAAACUUGUGGACGUAAUGAUUGAGAACAAGAGACUGGAACUUAUAGACGAGCUCAUACUAGCACUGACCGUCAAAGAUGGCCGAUCAGAUACGUUCCGAAUCCCGGCAGACAAGAUAGACGCCCUCAACCAGCUGAAAGACCUGUCUAGGCGAGACCCUUACCCGUUUGACCGUUACAAGCUCCGUGCGCUAACUAUAGAAGUACCAGCAGUUCCUGUCCCGAACCAGAAGCUGCUUACCGCACACGGUGGACUGAGUUCGUUCGAGGAGAUAUUGGCCCUGUGUGACAAGUAUGGCUAUACGCUCCUCCCGAAACGCAAUCAGCAGGGAAAAGCCGUACUACCGCCGCCGCUAGCCUCGGUGCUACCGAGCAACCCGACACCGAGCAACCCAACAACCAGCCGUACGUUCGAUCGUAGGUUUGACCUAAAGACAUCGCGAAACGAGUUCGUCAAUGGUUCUCGCAAGUAUGACCGCUCAAUAGGAUUCCUUUGUAUCAAAGACGGCGUCUUGGGCUACAAGGCAGUCAAGGGUACCGAAUGCCUAGGCAACCCUCCACCACUAUCACGAGACGAACAGAAUGUGCUCAAGAACGUGUCGGGAGUAUCAGCGGGGUCUCAGGCGUUAGGGCCGAACGCGAUCACCCUACCGGUACGGCGUACAGUCGGGUACGUCACUGACGACGGGGAAUCGGACGUCGAAAGCGUGUAUGAUUCGUACAGGAUAUUCACGCCGGAAGACACCGAAGACGAAGCCCCUAAGCGCAAGGAACGAGUGGACUUCUACGCCAACCUGGGCGACAAGGUGUUAGGCGAAGAACUCACUAAGCUCUCGAUGCCGGCCGUUCGCACCGAGCCGGGAAAGCAUGUUCAGCGUUUCGACCCGAUGGCCGGACGACCGGGCAAAGCACCGGAGGCACUAGGCGGAGCACUAGAAGCUCCAGAGCAACCUGACCGAGUCCACCGCCUACUGGGCAUACACGACCUAAUCGACCACGAUGUCGACAACCCUAUGGUGGAAGGCCCACCGCCGCCACCGGGAUUUAUCCCAAUACUGCCGGCGGCUCCCAAGAAAAAGAAGAAGUCUCGGAAGGAGCUGUAA